AGGAGAAGUAGUGAAGAAGUUGGAUGUUGCCAGUCUAGCACCUCCUCCUCCUGCUUUUCAUUUGUGUGAAGAUCAGACCACCUCAUAAAGCCCCUGAUAAAUGCUGCAGGCUCCGGCUGCUGUCUCCUGCUUGUGGUGCUGAACUGAGUCAGCCAUGAAGGAGAUCCUGACUCUUCUACUAAGCUGCAUCACUUGUAGAGUUCUGGGGUUAGAGAGCAGCCUUCAUGUACAGGACUGUGCACUGCUCUCUGUCCAGGGACAUCACACCCACUACCAGGUAACAGAUGGCCAGGAGCUGGUGACCUCCACCUGGGGCACCAGGAGACAACUGGCAUCAUGUUCUGUGGAGCAGGAUGAAGGGACAGUCAGUUCUUUCCUUACCCAGUGCAGCAGGCAAGAUGAUGUGUUGUACAGGAGCUAUGGGGGCUUUGCUGAAGCCAGGAUGGCUUGCUUAUAUUUCCUGCAAUCAAAUCAGCCUGGAAGGAGAAUAGAAUCAAAUGAUCAACAUGCAAGAGUCAAGAGGGGCCUUACCUAUCCAGGGACCCUGUGGUGUGGAGCUGGGAAUAUUGCAGACAAAGAAACUGAUCUAGGUGAACACAGAGAAACCGACUUUUGCUGUCGGACACAUGACCACUGUGAGCACGUAAUCCACCCUUUAACAUCCAACUAUGGCCACUGGAACCUCCGUUGGCACACCCUCAGUCACUGCCAAUGUGACAACAAGUUUAAAGAUUGCCUUCGAAAAGUCAAUGAUACAGCUUCACGGGUGGUGGGGCAGGCUUUCUUUAAUGUAAUUAAGGUGCAGUGCUUUGAGUUGACCUACAAGGAGCAAUGUGCAAAAAGGACCUGGUAUGGAUGGUGUGAGACGUACGUCAAUAUGACAGUGGCUGUUCCGAAAGAGUCAGGCCUGUAUGAUUAUGGAGGAAAUCUCAUUGACAAACCAACUCUAACAAAGGAAGAAAUAGAUCCCACUAAGCCACCAUCAGCAAACCUGUCACCCGAGCCACCAACUUUGGGGCAAGUCAUUAAAGCUACUGAAGACCUGCUGAAGAUCAUGAUGACAAUAAGUCCAGGCACCUCGCCCGACCAGUCCAAAGUGGAUGAUGACACCACCACUGGAAAGAAGAAAGAUAAAAGAAAGAAGAAAGAAAGGAAAAAUAAAAAAGGAAAGGGCCUCAAAGGUAAAAGAAAAAAUCAAUCUAAAAAGGAGAACAUUGACUCUCCAGCCAAAGACAUAUUGGGUGAGAACACGGUAAAGGAUGAGAAGGCUGUGCCAGAGAACCAGCCACUUGACAUCUUGGAUGUAGAAUCUAAGCAGGAUGCAUUCAAUGAUGUCCUCAAUGAUGAGCCCAUCAAAAACAGUGAUGCAUCAAUAACACCUACAUCAAUAACCUCUACCUACAAAAAGGAAGAACUGAAAGAUAAGAUAACGUCACCUCCUCCAGUAUCUAGACCUUCCACCAGGAAACCCCAAAGGAAAAACGGGCAGGAACGAAAGGGGAGACGAGAGAGAAAGAAGAAACCGAAGACAGAAUCUUGUGGUCCUUCAAACACACAGUGCAGUGCGUUUUCUAAUCCUUAAUAUGCUAUAUUUCUGUAUACAAAUGCUGGUGAAUAGGCUAAAUUCCAGAGAAGUGUGCAGAAAUAAUGACAUUAAUCACUUUGCUGCUAAAUAUUUAGCCAUGAUCAAUACUUUUUUCUGCGUUGCAUACAAGUAAAUACGAUGUGCUGUGUAUGCGUGUGUGCGCUCCGUAACAAACUACAUUAAUGCCGAUGAGCUGGAACUGGAUUCCUGUAUGAUUUGGUGUCAAACAGUUGCAAUUUAUUCCCUGCCUUUAUUUUCUCCAAAGGAUACAUUCACACUGCAUGAUUUUACAUGUGUUACUGUUAAUUGCUAUGGAAGUAGCAAGCAGGAUUGUUUAACAUGGCUAAAAGAAUGGACAGCCGCACCUCCAAAACAAACCCUUGGGU